UUGCAGGUUGAAGUAAUGUAUCUAUUUCCCUUGACACUAACAACUCGUCUUCUUGUUUGUAGAUUUUGCCAUUUAAUUGAAAAAAAGAAGAGGACAGAUCUUAUUUAGCAUCUAGAAGUUGUACAGCAAGGUGUUGUAACGUAUUUUGUAAAACAAGGCUUCUUCCAUAUGGCAACAAUGAAUCAAACAGACAAUAAUGAACAAGAUGUCCCUCCAUACCUUAAUGACGAGCCCCCAGAAGGUUCCUUAAAAGACCACCCACAACAACAGCCUGGCAUGCUCUCUCGAGUGACUGGGGGUCUCUUCAGCAUAACAAAGGGAGCAGUUGGUGCCACGAUUGGUGGCGUAGCAUGGAUCGGAGGGAAAAGCUUGGAAGUGACCAAAUCAGCUGUUACAGCCGUGCCUUCUGUCGGAGUGGGAUUGGUUAAAGGAAGUGUGUCUGCUGUGACGGGAGGUGUCACAGCUGUAGGUUCUGCUAUCUCAAGUAAAGUGCCUUUAACAGGGAAGAAAAAGGAUAAGUCUGACUAAAAAAAAACAAGGACUAAGACCUGUCUGUCUCUCUGGCUUUGGAAUCUGCAAAGAUUUGGACUGCAAACAAAGCCACAUAUUUCAGACUCCUCUAAAGAGCUGUAUGAAUAACUUCACCUGAAAGGGACCCCAACAGCUUGGUGCGCAGUGCCCAAACCUCCUAAAAUGUUAGAUUUCUUCAAGCUGUCACCUGGUGAGAUGUUACGCUUGAUAAAUAUGGGAUCAAGUACUUGUGUCUGAAGGGAUAGUUUCAUUUGGAUAUUAUUUCACUGUAGAUCUUUUGCAGUCUUGAACUAAAAAUGUGUACACAUAUAGAGCGUGAUUUAGCCAAAGUUUAAGUCCUCUGAUUCUAGUGUGGAGAUUUAAGCAUGUGCUUAUUUUCUCUCAUUACUAACAGAUGAAAUUUAAAAUGCUCACAUUUUGGCUGGACUAUGCUCUUGGCAGCCUCUGCAGUACCACAAAUAUAUUGGUGUUCCAGCUACAAGUCUAAGUUUUCUGUAUCUUCUUUUUAAAAGGGAAUCAUUGAACUGACAUCGUAUAUCUUUGCUUUUUGAAACUAUUUUUAUAUUCUCUCUAAACUAUGUGGUGACUGCCAUUGCGAAUUGCGUGUGUGUGUGUAUGUAUGGUAUAUGAGUACAAUCAUUCAUGCCUUAUGGUGAAACAAUCUAUUUUUACUUAGUGAAACUAUAAGGAUUUUGUAACGUCCCUCAUUUCAAUGCAGUCUGUAGAAGAAGCUUUACACACUUAAAAAACAAAGCAAAACAAAAUCCUGUUGAUACUGGCUGGAGAGAGACUGCUAAAUCUCAGGUGUAACUUUACAUGUAUCCACUCCUUGGUUGCAAAACAAAAUCUCUUGCCCUGAUAGUUCGUUUAAACUGAACAUGAAGUCCAUGUUUACAGUCCAUGUAAUAUUAGGAUAACUUAUGAAUCUAGAAUAAAAACACUGCAUCUAGAAGCCUCAAAAAUGAUUUUGAAUCUAUUUCUAGAUUAAAGGACAAUCCAGCAAACACUGUUUCUGUGUAUUUUCAGCGGGUGAAAAUGGACAGUGAUUGCGCUGUUUCUGUUGUUGGUGGGUUGAACUCUUCAUAAUUUGCAGUAUAAAAGACUUACCGGGGUUAUGAACUUGAUAUUUUCCGCUGAAGAUCAAAGAGAGAUACCCAAGGUUGGAAAUAAUAAAAGCAAAGCAGUUUUUAAAAAUUGGACAACUUGCUUAAAAAUUCAAGCUUUAUCACAAUCAUUUUCACAUAGAUGUGGAAAUCUAACUUGCUCUUCAGCUUUUAAUCUAUAACCUAUUAACUCCAGAAUAAUCCUACUGAAAUUGAUGGUUUGCACUCUGGAGUAAGUUGGUUUAUGCAUUGUGAGUUUGUUUGGGAACUCUUCAGCAUGUUCCUGUUGACUUUUUAGCAUUUUUGGUAGUCUGUAAAAAGAUGGCUAAAGUUCACAUGAAUAUUCUGUAUGCAGUAUUUCCUAAAAUGUAUGUGUGUAAAAAAAUAUAAAUAAAGGAGAGAAAUUAACCACA